AUGAAUAUCGACCAAGUGAUGUCGGACCAGAGCUCACCGGUCCGCCCGGCGGCAUCCGCUCCUAGUCUGCCCGCCGGUGACUCCGAGAAAGCUUCCGCAGCCGCUGCUGCUGCUGCUGCCUUCGACCAGAAGCACCAGGAGGAAUACAACGUCGCAAGGGCAAGGUUGACUGAUCAAAAGUUCAACCCGGCCGACUAUGCAGAUCCCCUACUUCCCAGAAAGGGCAAUGGACUGUGGUCGAGAACCUUUCCAUCAGGUGCCGAGGAUCAGCUGAGGGCUAUCAUAGCAAAGGCGGGCGAAGAUGCCAAGUGA